AUGGGCGACGACAGUGAGCGCGCUGCGAGGGAGCUCAAGGAGAAGCAGGAACGCGAGGCGGCCAGCAAGCUUGCCAUCGCCAACUCCGCGAACUCAAGCGCGGGACUCUUCUCCAUCUCCUCCUUGCACGCCCAAGCCGUCGGCCUCUCCUCCAUCAAGGGACAUGUUCCCGUCGAGCUCGCCCUCAAUACCGGCGUUCACCGCCAAUGGCGCACGUUCUUUCGCGCCGCCCUUCGCAAGUACGCCCUGCUGGAUCACAUCGACGCGGUUGCUCCGUCCGAUCCGCCGCCGGAGUGGACUCUCCUCGACGCCACGGUCGUCUCGUGGAUCUAUGGGUCUGUCUCCCUUGGCCUCCUCGACGCAGUCAUGAAACCGGGCGAUGAUCCUCUAGCCGUCGAUCUCUGGAAGAGCAUCAACGGCCUCUUCACCGACCACAAGAUCAACCGCCAGCUUCAUCUCUCCACCGAGCUCGACGGGCUUGACAUGGGAGAGCUGACGAUGAAGGACUACUUGACCAAGGUUAAGAGCCUUUCUAGCUUACUGAUCUAG